AUGGAACAACUGCCUUCCGGGAAAAAUCAAGCAUCUUUGCAUGAAUCCGUUGACUCUCCCUCAUCUUCCUUUGUCCAAUCUAAGGAAAAGUUCGAACCGGACGAACACGAGGGCAGAAGCAUGCGAUACCCUAAGACUUCAUUGUCGAUAGUGAUAUGUAUCGGCCUGCUUAUCAUUUUGCAAAUUUGUGGUAGCUGGUUCGAGUCUGCUGCUGAAAUUGAUAGUAACUUCUGUCGCAAGGUUACAAUGUUUCCCUCAUACGCCAGAGUGAAAGCGUUUAAUCAAAAUCACUCGAGGUUUGCAUCCAAGUACUCUUUGUAUCUCUAUAGAGAGCAAGGAAAGGACAAGAUACCAGAAGAGGGCUCUGAUGAGACUUUAAGUUUGGACGGAGUUCCUGCAUUAUUUAUUCCUGGAAAUGCUGGAAGCUAUCGACAAGUGAGAUCCAUCGCCUCUGAAAGCACACUCCUGUACGAUAGAUUUUACAAGAAUGGUGCACAGGAUUACCGAUACCAAUUGGAUGUAAAUCCAAACUCCUCGAAGAUUGACUUUUUCACCGCCGACUUCAACGAAGACCUCACUGCUUUUCAUGGACGAACGCUUCUGGAUCAAGCGGAAUUCUUGAAUGAGGCUGUCAAGUUCAUCCUUUCUCUGUAUUCCGAACAAAAAAACCCACCCACUUCUGUCAUUAUUGUGGCACAUUCGAUGGGUGGCAUAGUUGCCCGCGUCAUGAUGUCUUUGCCUAAUUAUGUUGCUGAAUCAAUAAAUACCAUCUUGACUCUAGCGACUCCUCAUGCUGCUGCUCCUGCGACUUUUGAUGGAAAUCUCAAUCGUAUUUACAAAGAUACAGACGAAUUUUGGAGGAUUGGGUUAAUGCAUGACAAUGCUCUAGGUUCGGAACUAUAUGAACUUGCUCACUCAAGGCUACAGAAUGUAUCGUUAGUAUCAGUUACGGGCGGAUUGUUAGACACCACUUUACCUGCAGAUUAUACAACGCUAAAGGGCCUUAUUCCCCGAACACACGGCUUUAAUGUAUUCUCUACUGGAAUACCAGGUGUUUGGACACCAAUUGACCAUCUUGCAAUUGUUUGGUGUGAUCAGUUACGAAAAGUCAUUGCUAAAGUGCUAUUGGAGACUAUAGAUUCAUCUUCCCCACAAAAAACCUAUAACUUAGAAAAGCGCAUGUCCAUAUUUGAAACGUAUCUUUUGGAUGGACUUUCAAAGGAUUUCAAUUCCUUGCAGCUCAACCAAGCUUCCGUUGUCAAUUCUCAGGUUAACGAGUUGCCCAUGAGGGUUAAAGUGAAUACUGAUCUUGACAACGUGGAUGCAAGAGAUUCAAGGAUAAGACUUUACGGUUCUCCCAAACCAGUUAUCAACCUUUUUGAAAUUCCCAAAAAUGGCUCAAUUUUCACAGUUUUAAGUUCGUCGCCCUUUAGCCAAUCUCAGAUUGAAAGUAGUAAAAAUCCCUCGGUCUUGCUCUGUAAUCCCUUAUCAGCAACCAAGAAGUAUUCAGCAACACAAGAGACAUCCGUUCUUGAUUACACAAAUCCACUAGAGCCUUCCAAUUCAGUAGAAAUGGAAUGCAUUGAUGUCAGUAAGAGCUCUCACUCAAUUCCCAGAUCAUUGAAAAACACAAGGACAACUGCAAGCUCAUCAAUUGAUGGCCAGUAUCCUCCUUUCCAUCUUAUUCAAUACCACACUGAUACACUCUCCAAUUACCAAUUUGUUUUGGUGCGAGUGCCUGAGAAGCUAGAAGAUGAGUUUGUUGUCGCUGAAAUGCAACAAGAUCAAGCUCAAACAAUCCCGCUCGGCCAGCGCAGUCUUUAUGAAUUGAUUACCAGAGGUUACUACCUUACUCUUCCCAAGAAUAGACCAUUUAAUUUGAACUUACUGGUUCCAUCAGCGCAUAGUAGUUUGUUGGCCUACAAGCUUGAUAUUAGAUACAAGAGCAGUGAGCACGAACUGUUCACUCCUCUGUUGAAGUUUCACAUCAACGAAGAAACCAAAUGGUUAGUUAACUUGAAGGAAAAUGAUCAAAUAUCUCUUGUUUUCCACAGUGGUAUGAUACCUUAUGUUCCAUUUGAAAGAGACAAUAGAACGUAUCUGUCGCUCCAAUUGUUCAGUGACUCUAUUGCUAUCGAAGAAGUAAUGGAUAUCUAUUUAUCGAUAUCCUGGUUUCAGUCACUUAAACUCUUGGUGUUGCGUUAUAGGUUGUUGAUAAUUAGUUUUCCGGUUGCUAUUGUCUUAAUUGUUUUCUUAUUGCAAUCCAAUGUGCAUUACAAGGAGGGAUACUUUCCAGCUUUUGGGGAAGGACUAACUAUGUUAGUUCAUUAUUCAACAUUACUACCAUUACUAUUCUCAGUAUCUGUCCUAUCUAUCUGUUGUUCAAACGGGUUUUUUCAAUCACUAAUUGCAUUCCUAGAACCCUUGAAUGAAUAUAACGUCAAGCAAAUGAACUUGGUGUCCGGAAGUGACUCAAUGCAUAUCAAUCCUUACUUAUUAGGACUCGAAGAAUCAAUUUUAUGGUGGUUGGCGCCAUGCUUUACAGUGAUUUCGAUUGCGCUGAUCUCUCUUGUUUAUUUUUUCAUUCACACUUUACUCAUGAGUGUUACUCUCAUUGGCAGGUCAUCUAUGUUAAGAAAAUCCACUUUUUUUCAAAGGAGAAGGAUAGGGGGAUUGUUUUUAAGUCAAAAGAAAAGGACGAUUGGAUUUGUUGCAUUACUUUGUCUGGUACCUGUUUAUGUUCCUUACCAAUUUGCCUUUAUCAUAUGUACCGUCGUACAAGCAAUACUGUCAGUCAGAAUCGCACUCAGAAAGGAAACUAACGACUCUUCAGAAAGCUUGACAAGUCCUUCGAGUCCAUCAGAGACUCCAGUUCAAGACAGUAGUCCUGAUUCGAUAAAGGCCAAUGUACAAAACUACAAUGUCUCUUUACUCAUGCUAAUGUUGUGGAUCUUGCCUAUAAAUGUACCUAUUCUUGUUGUAUGGAUUCAUAACUUUUCCGUGAAUUGGCCCACACCAUUUUCAUCUCACCACAACUUCCUAGCAGUGCUUCCCAUCAUGUUGUUGGUGCAAUCUAAUGUUCAAGGUAAGAUGCUUCCAAGAAUGGAGUAUAUUUGGAUAUUCAACUGUUUCGGGGUUUAUUUUGUAUUUUAUUCUUUGGUUUUUGGUUCCAGGAGCUUGUAUUCUCUACAUCAUUACUUCAACUUGCUCUGUGUGUGGCUAUUGGCACAAACAUGUUUAUAA